CAUCCGCAGCCCCAUGGCGCCGUGAGGCCCGGGGCCAUGUGGUCCAACAACAGCUCCCUGGGGCCCUGCUUCCGGCCCAGCAACCUCAGCCUGGAGGAGCGCCAGCUCAUCGCGUCGCCCUGGUUCGCCGCCUCUUUCUGCAUCGUGGGCCUGGCCUCCAACUUGCUGGCACUGAGCGUGCUGGCAGGCGCCCGGGGUGGCGGCCCGCAGCGUUCCUCCUUCCUAACCCUGCUGGGCGGCCUGGUGCUGACCGACUUCCUGGGGCUGCUGGUCACAGGCGUCAUCGUGGCGGCCCAGCAUGCCGCCCGCUUGGACUGGCGCGCCGUGGACCCCGGCUGCCGUCUGUGCCACUUCAUGGGCGUCGUCAUGGUCUUCUUUGGGCUGUGCCCGCUGCUGCUGGGCGCCGCCAUGGCCUCGGAGCGCUUCCUGGGCAUCACGCGGCCCUUCUCGCGCCCAGCGGCCGCCUCGCCACGCCGUGCGUGGGCCACCGUGGCGCUGGUAUGGGCAGCCGCGCUGGCGCUGGGGCUGCUGCCGCUGCUGGGCCUGGGCCGCUACUCGGUGCAGUACCCGGGCUCCUGGUGCUUCCUCACGCUGGGCGCAGGGCCGGGCGAUGUGGCCUUCGGUCUGCUCUUCGCGCUGCUGGGCAGCCUGUCGGUGGCGCUGUCCUUCGUGCUCAACACCGUGAGCGUGGCCACGCUCUGCCAUGUUUACCACGGCCGGGAGGCUGCCCGGCAGCGGCCGCGGGACUGCGAGGUGGAGAUGAUGGUGCAGCUGUUGGGCAUCAUGCUGGUGGCCAGCGCGUGCUGGCUGCCGUUGCUGGUCUUCAUCGCGCACACAGUGCUGCUUGUUCCUCCAGCCAUGAGCCCUGAGGGACAGCUGCCCCCUGCCACCGAGCGCCAGCUGCUCAUCUACCUGCGCGUGGCCACCUGGAACCAGAUCCUGGACCCCUGGGUGUACAUCCUGUUCCGCCGCGCCGUGCUGCGGCGCCUGCAGCCCCGCGCCAGUGCCCGCGCCCGGGCGCUCUCCCUGCGGCCCCAGCUCUCCAACGAGACGACAGCGCUGCGGUAGGGUUGAGUGGUGGGGGUGCUGAGCCCCCCAAGAAGCAGUUUUGGGGGCCCUCCGAGGGGCCAGGCCUCCCCUUCCUGAAAGGGGCACCAGGCCCUACCUCCUGGGGUGCACCUGACCCCCACCUCAAAAUUAUAGUCUCAAAAAUGAACGCAGGUGUCCCUGACACCUGCAAGAA